AUGGAGUGCGGCGGCACGGCAGACGUCGCCGGUGCCUCGCAGUUGUCGCCGGUGCCUAGUAAGCUUAUGGAGGCCGUAAAAAACGUGGUCGGUGCCGCGACUUGGGUGUUUCCACAGCGUUUCUCCGACGCCUGUGCCUCUGGAAACGACACCGGGAACGGGCUGGAGACGGCAUGCGCUGUUCUUGACUUUGUGGCGGGCCACCUUGCCGAGUGGGACCGUCUUGCCAGCGAGUCUGCGCAGACGCAAGCGGCGAAUGCACUUUUUUCACAAACGCUCGUCGACCUGGAGGGGAAGUCUGAGACUUGGCGCGCCACAAUUCUUGCGUUGGUGAAGAAAUUGCAGGCGGCGCAGGCAGAGCAGCGGCGCAGCCUGCAGGAGAAGGAUUCUCGCAUAGCUGCAUUGGCUGCGUCGCUGGACGUCCUCGCCACCGAUGCCGCAAGUGCCGUAGAAGAGCGGGACCGUUUCAUGCACCGCUGUGAGGAUCUCGAGCGUUCCCUCUGCCUCCAUGCUGAGGAGCAGCUGGCCGAAUCUCGGGAGGCGGAGCGACUGCGGCGCGAUUUCGAACUACUGCGUGGCGAGCUGGACUCCGUUCGCACGCCCUCGUCAAAUGACGUCGUUGCCGCUUCCGGGGACGGGGCAGUCGAUGCAGGCGAGCAGCACAUGUGCCCGCAGAGGGACGUUGCAAACUUCCAUGCGACUAUUGCGUGUCUCACAAGUGAGCGAGAUGCACUGCAGAACGGGCUCGACGCCCUUACACACACGCUUGCCGCGGCGAAUGAACGCGUGGUGUCGUUAGAGGAGGAGAAGAGGGCGGCAGCAGAGCGGCUGAGGGCACUGCAGGAUGACGCCGAGAGGUUGUUGCAAGAAAUUGCACAUUUGAAACGUUCAGCGGCAGCUUCUGCGUCGCAUCCGGAAACUUCAGGAACCACCGCAGAAAACUCGGCAGGAGCUACGCGCGAUCACCAGCCUCCGGAGUCACACCGGCGUUGGUUUCUGCAGCCAGUUGAGUACUGUCGGUUUGACGGAACGGGGUUGCCAGCCCCUGUCGUGGAUUUUACCUCCAUUCUCGGCGCCCUGGAUGCCGACCAUCCUGCUUUCGCCGACGGCAGCGAGUGCGCACGCUCUCCAGGGCUAUUUUUUCACAUUGGGUGCGCCAUUGCCGAGAAGCUCGAGUUUUUUGGAGAUUCUCCCCCGAUUGCUCUGGGCGCGUGGAAGCGGUUUCUGCUGCAGCUACAAAGCGGCUUCAGAGACACCCUCUUCUACACAGCCGACCACGCCGCUGCAUGCGCCCAAUUUUUUUAUGCACUUUUGGUUCACUCCGGGAUGGUGCCUCACAUGAGCCGCGCAGAGUUGCUGGCAGCCGUCACCGCCGCACUCUGCAUGGACUACGGCCAUCCAGGCGUCUCAGGCUGCCUUCUCGCCGCGGCGCAGGACCCUGCCGCCGCUGGCAUUCACGGCUGCAUCCUACUGGAGCGCCGACGCCUACAGGACCUUGGCGACAUCCUUGCACACAAACCGUUUAACUUUCUUGACGACAGUGCAGCGACGCACUCGCUGCUGGAUGACGUGAGAGCCUUACUUAUUCCAGAUGAGCUCCAUGGGCACUGCAGCGGUCUGAUGCGUGCGUGCCUCGGGCCUAUGUUGGACGGUCCCUUGCAGAUAGAGAGCAGGCUUGUGCGCUGUCGCCUUGUUCAACUACUGCUGAGGUUGUCACAGUAUGCAUUCUGCAUGCGGGCAUUUGAUGUGAACGAGCGAUACGCCGAGAGGUGGUUUGGCAUGAUGCAGAGGCAGGCGAAGGUUGCCACCGAUCUUGGCAUUUACGGCUUUGACGUGCCUCACAGCACACCCACCGCCGCCGAGACGCAGCUGCAGCUGAUUGAGCUCACGGUCCUACCGCUGUGUCGCAUCGCGGCUGAGGUCUUCCCGCCUCUGCAUGCGUGCGAGAAGGCACUGCGGGCAAACCAUGCUGCAUGGACCUCUCGCGCUGCGCAGCUUCCCACCGGUAUUGUUGCUGAUGAGGCGUUUAAACCAUUGUUGCACCCCGGCAUCAUUCCCUCCCACGUUGACGGUGUUGCAGGCGAGAAUGCGGCUGCUUCCGUCACCGGUACACGCGCUUUAGAUGAGGUUCACGUAAGCGCCUCGCGACAUGUAGACAGUGGCUCCCUUCUCGUCAACACCGCCUGCUUCCUCGCCUUUCAGAAGGAGAUGCUCGCUGCAUACGAGGAAAGCAUGACUCUGCGUCACCUGCUGGAAGCACUUCUCGCCCCCAUUGAGGCUCUCCCUGCUCCCCAAGAUGUUGCCACCUGA